AUGCUUCCAAUAAUACUAUUAUUACUUUAUCAAGUGUCCUGUGGUAGAGUUAGACCAUAUGGACCAAGAUCACUUACAAUGUCUAAUGUCAAUCCCAAUGGUUGGUCUGAAUACAAUUUUACAAUGAUAUUUGAUACAACCUUACCAUCAUCAGGAAUUUUAGUGAUUGAGUUCCCAAACGCAAAUUAUCCUGACAGAUUGGGAUUACGUCCAGAUGCUGUUUUGUAUGCGCCUUACCCUAAAACGAGAACUUUUGUUUAGAAUGACAGAUCACUGGAAAUUCAAUUAGGAGAGUGGCCGAUUGAAACUCCUUUGACUGUAACAAUCUCAGGAAUUAUUAAUUCACAAAAAUAAGGAGGUACUGGAAAUUUCAAAGUCUAUACAAAACUCAAUUCUCAUAUUGUUGACAUUAAUAGGAACUUUGCUGUCAUUGGAUUGGCAGGAGAAACUAUACAACUGUUAUCAGCCUAAAUGUCUAUUAAUAACAAUUAUGCUGGAGAAGUGACAGACUAUUUAGCCUCUCUCCAACCUAGUUAGGAUUUGAAUAGCAGAAUCGACUUCAUUAUCACAUUCCCAGAUUUGUAUGAUCUUUCCCAAUUGAAAAAGUGCUCUUGCAAUGUCUUUACUCCUUCUUGCACUGUUCAUAAGAAUUUUAAGAAUCAAAUACUUGUAGGAGGCAAUCAAAAUUCUAUUCCAAAAGGUACCAGUGUUUAAAUAACAUUUAAUGACAUUGUGAAUCCAUCGAGGAAGAUGAAAACACCCCUCUUUAAUUUCAGAGUAAUUGAAAGAAACACCAAUAACACAUUAUAGGAAUCAUCGGCUGUUAAUGGGUUGGAAAUCUUAGCAGGAUAAAUGAAAUUAGUCAUGUUAGAAAUUCUUUACUAUCAACCUUAUAUCUAUUACAUCAGAGACUUCAGACUAUAAUUCAGACCUAAAAAUGGGUUUUAAUAUGCCAAAAUAUCAACCGAUUUCUAUUAGGUAAUGAGUUGCCAAAUCACGAGAGGAUUGUUAGACCCAAGUAAAUUUUAAGAUAGUAUAUGCAGUCCCUUGGGAAGAGAUAUGUUUUUAUCUAAUAUUUAAUCAUACGUAGAAUCUGAUUAUAGUUAUGAAUUCGUUGAGGUGCGUUUCAGAGCAAGAAUCGGAGAUAGAGUCAUACUUACAAACCCAGUCGAAAUAUACACAUACAAGGAUUCAGAUUAUCUCUAUCUGGCAGAUUAGGAUAGUCUCUCUGUUAACAGUCAAUUGCAAAUAGUAUUAUGGCCAAUAGUGACACCAACCAUGGUCUUUGCUAUCACAUUUGAUGACCCUUUGGUCUAAACCAAUGUAUAUCCAUAAACCAAUGCUUAAAUCACUAUAGUCUAUACUGCCAAGGUCGGUAUCAGUUUAACAACCAAAACUGUCUUCGGGUUGGAAAUCCCAUAAGAUUUCUAGGGAGUCCCAGAAUGCACAUUCAAAGAUCCAAAUGAUGUUAUGGUAGAUGUAACAUGUGAAUUCGGACUUGGAUUUCUGAACAUCACAAAUGUCUUUGAUUAUUACGAUUCUACAAUUAAGGGAGCAGUUAUAACAAUAAAAGGGCUUUUAACACCAGAAACAGCUGGCAAUUUUCCAAUCGGAACGUUUGUUUAAGAUCAAAAUAAUGUUUAUUACAAUAAUGACACUUUCGUAAUAUCACCACCAACAUUUAAGAAAACUACUGGAUAACCUGAAUUAACAACAGCAGUCAGUUAAUUAUCAAUUCAUUAGAAUCAAUAAACAGCUAUAUAGAUUUAACUUCAAUUGGAUUGUGAUAUUUCAGCAGGAGUUAAAAAUAUGAAUGAUCCCUAUGUUCCAUUUACAACUAUAGAAGUCUAUUUUUAUUAGUAUUAUAUUACAAAUAAUGUGUUUGAUUAUGAUUUAGGAUCAGGAUUGCCAGAUCUAUCAUAAUAUGGUUGUUAGUUUUAAGAUGGAAUGGUGGCUAGUUCUGGGAAUAAGUUGUCAUGUGUACUAUUCCAUGGUAUUAACACUGCAACUCCGACAUUUGCCAAUUAUGCCAUGGUCAAGAUUUAAGGUUAUGCAGCCAUUACAGCAACAAAUACAUCUCCAGUUACUAUCUCAUUUAAGAUACCAGUGAAAUACCCUUCCACUAUUGGAGCUAUCCCUCGUAUUAGAGUUGAUCUUGUUAAAUAUAAUCAGAAGGUCAAAUCGACAUUGAGGUCUCAAUCAUUCAAUAUUGGAGCUGUUAAAAAUGCAGUAGGAAACAGUUUAGUCGUUUUCAGUGGGCCAGUGUUAGAGAAUCCCAAAUUAUAGGUAGAAACUACUUUAACUUACAAAUUCAAAACAGUUAUAAGUUUGGCCAAAUCUAAAUUGAAUGGAAUAUAUUUUGAAAUACCAAGUGGAUUUACUUUCAAUUCAGAUAAGUUGUUGGUAAGUAUUGAUGGUGUCUAUUAAGACCCAGAGGUAAUCUAAUAUUUUCCCACUUUUAUUUUCAUCAUGACCAAAUUUUCCCAAUUAUCAAAUGGUAUUACUCACAACUUGAUUUUUGAAAGAGUAGAUCUCCCAGUGAGUCUCCCAUCCUCCAGUGUUACUCAUAACAUUAAGACUGCAUCAGGUGGACAAUUCGCAGAUACAGCCACAUUCACAAUACCUACCUUAACUAAAGGAUCUCUUCUAGAUAUUAGUUUAACUCUAUCAUCGGAUUCUCAAAUGCAUCCAUAUGCUAAUUAUUCAAUUUCAUUUACAACUUCCAUGAAAUCAUACGAUGGAUCCAUGAUAAUAGUGGAUUUCCCAUUAGGAUAUGAUAUUUAAGCAUCGAAUGCUUACUUAGAUAAUAUUCCAUAUACAAAUUUAAAAAACACCACUACCAAUACCAUUUCAUAUGAUUUACCAACCAUUAGAAAAUUCAGAGUUCUUAAUUUUGCUCCUUUGAUUAAAGGUCAAAGAGUUUCAAUUGGUAUUUUCAGUGUAAAAAACCCUAUGAGUGGCACAUUUACAAUUGGAAUUUCUACAGUGGACAAGAAUGGAAAUAUAAUAGAAGAUGGAUCGAAAUCAGUGACAAUUGGUUCAACUAUUUUUUCAACACAAAUUUUAACAGUAACUUCAGUAGAGUCUACUCCAAAUAAUAAAAAAGCUUUGGCAUUAUACACUUGGUAUGUGAAUGUAGAUUUUACAAUUCCUAAGUUAAGUUAAAUUUAGUUAUUCCUUCCCGGAAUGCUCUCCAUUUAUUCAAUAUCUGCUGCUAUUGUAUCUUGUCGGAUAGUCUAAGAUUCAGUUAUUCCACUAAAGGAUUGUUUGGCUAAUGAAUUAGGUUCUCCUUCUUAUGUCUAAAUGAUUACUGAUUACCCAAUUAAGGGAAAGGCUUUUAAGAUUGAAUACUAUGGAUAUUUAUAACUAGAAAAUGCGCUAAGUGGACUCACUAUUUCAAUCACAUAUAAUUCUUAGGUGAUUGCAACUGGAUUAUGUCCAACAGUUGCAGUGACUGAUUAAUUAACACCAUCUUAAGUGACAUUGGAUUUCUACCCAAAAAAUGAAGGAGAAAUUGCAUACUACAAUUUUUAUUUAGAAAUUGGCAGUGCUUUUACAAUAACAUCUAAUCAUUAUAUUCUAAUAAGAUUUCCUUUUGACUAUGAUUAUAUAAUUGGAAUUGAAAAGAUGUAAGUCAAAAGUAACACUCUCUAAGGAGCUUUGAAGAUGGCCAUAAUACCAUAUCAUAUAAAAAUAAGUGGAUUCUAUGAAUUGAGUAAUUUCAAAGGCACAUUAGAUAUUAGUCUAUUAGGAGUGAUCAAUCCAAAUAGACAGAAUAACAAGGUCACUGGAACAUUUUUAUUUGGAAUAAUGGAUGGAAAUAAGAUGGUCCUAGGUAAUACUGCAAUAAGUGGUGUAAUUCCUCAAUUGGCUCCACUAUUGAUCCAAUUAAAUAAAAUCACCAGCAGUGUUUCUUUGAGUAGAUAUGCAAGUACAUUCACUUUUGAAAUCUACCCUCUUUAAAAAGUGUUGUCAACAGUUUAUGGAGGGUAAUUGUAUGCAGACUUUCCUAAUAACUUCAUAAUUGAUUCUUUCAAUGGAGGUUGUGAAACCACAUCACAAUUUUCAUUUUUUGCUUCUUGCAAAUGGGAUUAUUUUAGAUUCCUGUUCUAAACAAAUAAUUAGGAUUGGUAUGCAGAUCGAUCAGGAUAAUUGGAUUUGACAAUUACAAAUGUGUUGACUCCAGAUGAUGAUGGAGAAACAAACAAUUUCAUAAUCUAUAAUUAUGAUUCAAUAAAUAAAAUAGUGUUGGGAAGAACAUACGCAAAUCUCCAUUCUGCAUCAUUGAUAUAUAAUUAUGAUGGAUUACAGAUUGAUGUUAAUCUUAAAUAGCCAUUCACUUUGGAAGUGGGAUCUUAUUCAGAUGAAAUCAUAAUGAAUAUCACUGAUACAGCAGACUUCACUCUUACUCUAUCCCCUAACGUUUUGGACUCCUAAAUUAUCAUUACUCCUAAUCCAGUCUAAAUUGUUGCAGGAAGCAAAUAAGCCAAAUUUAGAGUGGCUGCUCCCAGAACCAUUUUGUUGUAGACUUACUACAUUUAAUGGAGUAAGACUGGAGACACCUUACCUGUUACUUAUGCUCCUCUGAGAUUGACACCCUUGCAGAUGGUUAAAGGCACAUUAAAGAGGAAAUUGACGAUCGAAAAGAUGGAAUAUAUGCCAAGAAAUGGAACAUCAUACCCACUCUACAUCACAACCAACAAUCCUCCAUAUUAGUAGUUGUUAAUAAGAAUAGGCUUCAAAAUGAAUGUUACUGCAGACGUACCUCUCAGAUAGAAAUGGUUCAUUACAGACAAGAGAUUAGAAUAACUUAAACUCACUUAUGCUGAAUUGGUCGAUAGUGGAGUUGAUAUUACAGAACAUUCUAUUGCCAACCUAUCCAGUACUCAAUUGGAAAUGGCUAAAUUGCAGUAUUCAGUUAAUUAUGAUCUAAAUAUUUCAAUCAAUUAUCCCAGUAAGGAAGACACUCUUACACUCUAUUACAGAUUGAGAGGAUAUGACGCAGAUUCAUUCGAACUCGAUGUUCAAGAAAUGAUCAUCCCCAUAAGAGAUCAAGAAUUCAGAAAACCUAAAAUCCUUGAAACCAAAGUUCUAGAAGUAACCAGAUCUACUGCUACUUUCUAAGUUACUACUGAUAUCAAAGGAUUCAUAUUUUAUGUGUAUGCUGAUCAACAUAUGCCGAAUCCAAUCUUCGAAGAGACCAAAGAACCCAACCUUGACAAUGUCACACUCUCUCAUUCAAAUCCUCUAUAUGGUGUUGAUUAUGUUAGAACUACGACCUUAGAUGUCAAUUUCACUAUUUCUAAACUCUCACCUAAUCACAAUUAUGAGAUCUUUAUAUUCGUUAUGAACUUAAAUAAAGUCGACAAUCCCACCUUUAUGAAGGUCUUCUUUUAAACCCUUAAGUCUCAAAGGAUUGCUCUUCUAACCCUUAAAAUUAAUUAAGCUACUAUUGACAAUGAAGUCAAAAUGGAUUACAUUCAAAAAGUGGCUGAAAUGAUCGGAAUCACCAAGGCCAGAUUAUUAGAAAGGACGACAGAAUGCAAAUAGACCACUCUAGAUGUUUCUACCUCCAAUUCUUAUCUGUUCUGGAAUUUGAUUAUCUUACCUGAUCCUUCAAAUAUGAAUGAAUAUACUAAACCACUCAUUCUAGCCUAAACCUUAAACUCUAGGAGAGCUGAAAUAUAGAAGUUUAUCACCAGACUUGAUGACGAACCCUUCUUUACUUUGGAAGAAAUCUCUGACAACAUUCCUAGUUUUGUUAUCAACCCUGAAAUGAUUGAUAGAACUACUUCAUCAAUAUCUGUCAGAUUUAAGGUCUCUUACUGUGGUAAAGCCUACCUCACUGUCAGGAAGAGAGAAAACUCUUAAAGUCUGUCCAUUGUUAAUGAAACCAUCUUUGCUUAAGAACUUCAGAGUGUUCAAUUUCCAUCAGCCUAUCAAAUUAAAAAUGCUCUCAAUGAGUCUAAUCAAGUAAUCAAUCAAACAAAAAUCACUAUUCAAGACACUGAUGCCUUCUAUCAAUACAACUACACAGAUCUAGAUUAAAAAACCGUCUAUGACAUUUACAUUUCCCUUGAAAAUGAUUUCAUUGCCAAUCCUGAAUUGUUUAGCAAUGAUUCCGUUGCCAGAUUUACUGCAAAAACACAAAAGAUUAUUAUUCCCCUAAAUAUUUACAGUAUCAAUUAUUAAGGUUUGCUUCCAUUUUUAAUGAUUAUCAAUUUAUUAUUAAUGAUAUGA